AUGGUCACUUCCAUCUUCUCACGCGUUGCUUUUGCAACUGGGCUUCUUGCCUCUACUGCUUCGGCCGCUUACGAUGCCUCCUCCAAGUCAAAUGUCGCUGUUUACUGGGGACAGGGAAGCAACCAGAUGACGUUGCUCGAAGUCUGCUUGGAUCCUAACGUAGACAUUGUUAACAUUGGCUUCGUCAACAAGUUCCCCAAGCAGCGAGGUGAAUAUCCUGGAACAAACCACGCCAAUGCUUGCGGUGACGCAACUUACACCGACCCGACUACCAACAAGCCUAGCCAGCUACUCAGCUCAUGCCCUGGCGUUGGUGAAGCCAUCAAUGCUUGCAAGAGGAGGGGCAAGAAGGUCAUGCUCUCGCUCGGUGGUGGCUGGCCAACAGACUACUACCUCCCAACACCAGAUGUUGCCAACUGGUUUGCCGAAUUUUUGCUCGGAGCUUACGGACCCCCUACUGCCGAGUGGAAAGCUGCCGGCAAGCCCCGUCCCUUCGGCGAUGCCUAUGUCGAUGGUUUCGAUCUCGACCUCGAAGCCGCAGAGUGGGAUGUACCGUCCAAAGACAUGCUCUAUCUCAACUACGAUGUCUUCGGCAAGUACAUCAAGGCACACUCCAACAUGCUUCUCUCCGGUGCUCCUCAGUGCGUUGUCCCCGAUGCUAGGAUCUUCCUUGCUCUCAAGGAGGUUCCCUUCGACUUCCUCUUCACCCAGUUCUACAACACCUGGACCUGCUCUGCUGCCAAGGCCGUACAAGACAUGAAGAACAAGGCAGAGAGCACCUUCACCUUCAACACUUGGAUUUCUUGGCUCAAGGCAAACUCCAAGAACCCGAACAUCAAACUCUACCUUGGAUUGGCUGCCGGUGAAGAUGGCCUUCCUACACACAAGGACCACUACCUCGCCCCAGAGGAUGCCAAUCUACUUGUUCAAUCGCUCCAGGGCAACAGCAUGUUUGGUGGUGUUAUGCUUUGGGAGGCCACCGUCUCUAAGAACAACCCGACCUACGACCAGUCUUACGGUACCUGGAUGAAGUAUGCUGUUGAGGGUACUUUCAAUGACAAGUUCCACCCUGUUGUAUCGUCUAGCUCUGUGGUCUCUUCGACAAUCACACCUUCCAGCACUCCCGCAUCCAGCGUUCCUGCGUCAAGCACCCCAGCUUCAAGCACCCCAGCCUCAAGCACCCCAGCCUCAAGCACCCCCGCUUCCAGCAUCCCGGUUUCCAGCGUUCCUGCGUCGAGUACCCCAGCUUCAAGCACUCCCGCAUCCAGCACUCCCGCUUCUAGCACACCUGCUUCUAGCAUUCCUGCUUCUAGCAUUCCUGCUUCUAGCAUUCCUGCCAUUCCUGCACCUAGCACCCCCGCAUCCAGCAGCGUUACCAUUAUCAGCUCCAGCUCUAUUGAGAUUCCCAGCAGCACCCCUGUUGAGCCUUCUUCUAUUGCUACCAUCUCGCCCUCUGCUUCCAGCAGCAGCGCCUCCGUUGGACCAUCAUCUGUUCCCACCGUCUCAACACCCGAAAGCAUCAGCAGCUCUGCCGUUGUUCCUUCAGGUAGCGAGACCUCAACUUCCUGCAGCACUUCAAGCAGCGUCUAUCCCACUGAUGUGAACUCCAGCUAUGGCGUCUAUCCUACUGAGUCAGCAGUGUACCCAACUGAGACAUACUCUGUCAGUAAGGAUGCUGAGUACCCUGCUGAGAGCUCAACCGGCUACGGAGAGUACCCAGCUGCGUCCAGCACUGGUUACGACAGCACGCCUUCCGUUACCAAGAAGCCCGAGCAGCCCGAGUAUCCAACUGUUCCCACUGGCUCUACCACCAGCGUCGUUACCACCACCUAUGUCGAUGUCUGCCCCACCGGCCUUACCACCGUCACCACGACAUACGUUGCGACUGUUUGCACCAAGUGCGCGAAGCCCACCGGCACCGCCGAUGUUCCUGAGGGAUGGACCACGAGUGUAUACACUGCCAGCACAUUGACUGUGACCAUCACCAAGCCCAUUGCCACCGUUACUGCUGUGCCUGAGUACCCAUCCUCUGCUCCUUCGGUCGUAUACCCUGCGGAGUACCCUGCUGCGCCAAUUUCUUCUGGCAAGCCUGUAUACCCAGCCGUGCCCGAGGCUUCCAAGGCUGCGUACCCUACCGUUCCGGAAGUCUCUAAGGCUGCUGAGUACCCUGCCGUUCCGGAAGUCUCCAAAGUUGCUGAGUAUCCUGUGGCUCCUGCAUCUUCUGCGGCUCCUGCAUCUUCUGCGGCUCCUGAGUACCCAGCUCACUCUGUGCCUGUUGUGCCUUCCGCCGCUCAGCCCGCCUCUUCGCCUGCUGCUGAGUACCCCUCGUAUCCUGUUGGCACAGGCUAUCCCAAGAAGCCCGUGGAGCAUGAGGCUUUCAGCAGCAUCCACGUGACUCUCAGCAAGGUUGCCGUUCCCACUUACAUUCCUGCUCCUUACCCAUCGGCUGGUGUUCCUUACAUCCCCGCCGGCCCUGCUAAGAACGCUACCAGCCAGUAUGUUCCCCUGCCCACUGGUACCGGCAAGCCCGUCACACCUCUCCCAUCUAUGCCACCACAGUUUGAGGGCGCUGCUAGCCGCGCCAGUGUCGGCUUCAUGGUGUUUUUUGGUGCUGUCGGUGCUGUUCUUGUCAUGUAA